CAAGAGUAUUUUGGGGAAUGGGAAUAUAUAGGGAUCCAAAUAAUCAAAUUUGCCCUCCCUCACCAAGUCGAGGACCCCCUCCGAAUCCGAGGGUUCAAGCGACCGACGGCGAACAUGGCGGCGGACGGCGGCCCAGCGACGUCGGCGCUGGAAGAGGCCCUCAAGCCCUUCCAGGAAAGAGCCUCCGAGGCUGAGAUACGCAUAGCGAAGCUGGAAGCCUUGCUGUACAACAAAGAUGGUCCGAGCGGUGGAUCCGAGGCAACUUCCUCUGCCGUGAAGGAUCUCCAGUCGAAGCUAGAUGUGGUUACUGCAGAAUGCUUGACUGAAAAGGAGAAGAACAAGAAGCUGACCAUGGAGAACGAGAAGCUCCAGUACCGCAUGACCCAUCUGAUUCGUGCGAUAAAAGAGGCGGAAUCGAGAUAGGAGCAGCCCGGCGAGGCCGAUUCAAAGCCUGAUGUCGAAGUGUUCCCCACCCGCCUUGCUGAUCCUACACGCUGUUCCUGCAUCUACCUCAAGUUAUCAUUGUGAUCUUGAGAUAGAGCUUGGUCACAAGUCAAGACUGUAUUAUCAAACUGUCGAUUGAAAAUGAUGAUGUGUGCACAGCUUUCUGUCUUCACCUGACCCCAUCUCGAAGGGCACAUUGGAACACAAAAUGUUAUCUGAAAUGACAGUUCAUAUUUUGAAACAUUUCGCCCCCA